AUGAACAUAGCAGUCCUCACUGAAACUAUAAAAAAGUCCCAGACAGCCAGCCAGACUACAUAUGGAAAUGUACAUCAUUACGGAAAAGCUACAGCCAAUCUGGCACCAGUCUUGGAAAUCCUGCCAGAAAAAUGUCUGAAGAUUAUCUGCGUAAACGGAUUGCGACACCACGACUCUACCACGGAGGGGAAAACGUGCGGAUGUUGUGAGUUCCGGGGGGCGCUCUACCCCCCAGGUAAAGUCUUCCUGGCUGGCUGCGUUAAGAUGGCCUGUGAAGACGGAAGGUGGAAACCAUCUGGAGAGAUAGAGAAGAGAUGUAAGCAGUGUGAAGUAUUCAACGAUCCUCACUUCUUCAGCUACGACCGCCACAGGUUUGACUACCACGGAGACUGCAAGUACGCUCUUACCCAGAAGGGUACCAGCGUGACUCCUGACUACGGAGUCUUCGCCCAGUUCCAACGUUGUUACGGCUUGCCUUCCUGCAUACACACCACCACCUUCAAGGACAAUCCGAAGCUUGUGAUCGAGCUAGCACAGUCAGGACUUGCUCCUCCUAACAUUUUUAAGAUUCUGGUAAACGGUCAAGAUUAUGUCGUACCAGAGGGCUCCUACGCCUACAGAAUCACUGACGGAGGAAAGCCUCAGGAUGUUCUCGCCUGGCGCCAAGGAGACUGUCUUCGAAUGCUAGGCUCUCAAGGACUAUUUAUUCAAGUGUGCAAACAUCGCAUUGACCUGUGGUCUCACCCUUACCUGGGCACCAACCUGUGUGGCUUGUGUGGUAGUCCUGAUAACCUCGCUUCUAACGACUUCACUGCAAGGAACAACCAAGAAUACACAUUGCAGUUCAUGGCACCAGAGGACUUCGCAAGCUCAUGGAAGACUGUUGACCAAGCCAGCCCCGCCUGCACGGGUGGAGGCAGACCCGGCACAGGUGGAGGCAGACCCGGCACCUCCUCCACCACGGAGGCAGAGAAGAGACUGCGCACCUGUCAGAAAGAUCGACGUUCCUGGAGGAAUUUAUCGAUGCAGUGCGAUGAGGCGGUGAACAGCAUCGAGGUCAAUGGCCAGAAAGCUGGCAAGGAACUUAAUGGUUCUCUCGUAGAAGCUUGUGCGUUUGACUUGUGCAUGAUCACCAAAGGUUCACAGAACCCAAAGGAAGAGAUUAAAACCUGGCUUGGUGAGGUGCAGAAGAUGACCAAGGAGCGUGUGUUCAUACAGACUAUGGUUGCAGUGUGUGAUCCUGAGGCAGGUGAAUGUGUUGACCUUCCUCCCUCAACCACUGAGCCACCAACAUCCACUACAGCUUGUGCAUCAUUUGAUUGCGAGAUCGACAUUAUCUUCAAUCCUUUUACGUAAUGCUUUAAGCAAGGAUUCCAGUGCCUGGGACAGCGACUCUGAGGACUUCACUGACGGUAUCCUACACUAAGGGUGUGCAGCUCUUCCUACAGUUCAAGAAUGUUAUAACUUUGUACUUUAAGACUACAACAAAAGGCUUCAGAUCUAUAUAAAAAUCUUAGAGGCUAAAGACAUGCACUACAGUAGAUUCAAAUUCCACUGCAUCAUAUUGUUUUUAAUUGGCUGUUCUGUUGUAUUGCAUCUUCAUUUGUGCUGAACUAUUUUUUUCAAUAAAUUAAUUUGAUCUGA